AUGGAAGAUGUUGUGUGCCCACCAAAGUUGCGUCAAGGACUGUUCACAACAGGAGCUGUGGACAACAUUGACCACAAUCCAAGUUCUGCAACCGCCAAAGAUUCUUUCCAUGGUACAGGAAUCUCGCUUAUGCAACAUCCGUCACACACAGAUGGUGGAACUGAUCGUGGUGUACCAGUGAUUGGUCCGGGCACUUCAUCAAAGUCAGUGACAUCUCUGCCAUCAGCCUACACAAUUGUUCCGCCAGCUGCCUUCAAGACCAAGGAAUUCACCGCUCCAGCUAUUCAAGGCCCAGCGAGACCUUCCAACCUGCCAGCUGUUGCAGCUGCCACAGAAGAUGAAUAUCUAUGGCUCAGAAAAGUCAAGACAGCUCUUGAAAAAUCCACUGUUGAUGGCUGGAUAUCGUGGUCUGCCUACCAUGCUGACAUGCACCAAGCUGUCAUACCACCUCCAGCAAUUAAUGCACUAUUGCCUUUGUUUCUUGACAAUGCGCACUCAGUAGCAAUGAUACGGCACUCCAUGGACAUUGUCAAGGCGGCAGUUCAACAUUUGAACCCUGGUCAGGUGCCCGUCCUUGCUGCUGACCAACCACUAUAUGCACUUGCCAAGGGAAUCCAGUGGACUUGGCCAGUCAUUCACGGAGAGGAUCACUUCUUAAUCAUGUUUGGUGGUCUACAUAUCGAGAUGGCCAUGCUGAAGUUGCUGGGAGACUGGCUGGAAGAUAGUGGCUGGACGAACGCCCUGGUACAGGCUGACAUUGCAAGUGCUGGAACAGCAAAUUCCUUCAUAAACGCCAGCCAUGUCACAAAGACCCGCCAUGCACACCAGGUCACAGCUGCAAGCCUUUACGCACUCCUCCAAAAAGCUUACAAUGAAGACAGCACAUCCGAAUAUACUGAUGCUAUGCAACCAGAUACUCCGUCUUUCGAGGAGUGGUGCAUACAGCGAGCAAAUGCUAGUGUUCACUUUGACUACUGGCUUAAGACGUUGUCAUUGGAGCUUCUCUUGUUGCGGUACAUUAGAUCACUACGUGAAGGUAACUUCCAACUGUACGUGGACUCCCUGACGCAGAUCAUGCCUUGGAUGUUCGCUCUAGAUCAUACACACUACUCGAGAUGGCUUUCCGUACACAUCCGCGACAUGACGACACUUGCUGAAAAACACCCAGAUGUUUUCGCUGAAUUCAAGUUAGGAAACUUUGUGGUACACAAAACCAGCAACAAAUUCUCUGCCAUGGCACUUGAUCAGUCUCACGAGCAGAACAAUGCAAUGGUGAAAGGCUCUGGUGGGGCUAUUGGAUUGACUGGCAAUCCUGGAGCACUGAGACGUUGGAUGGUAGCAGGGCCAGAAAUCGCCAGACUUACAACAGAGUUUGAGGAACAGGCCAUGAAGCAACAUCAUGACACUAAAUGCAGUCAUCAUGACCAGCAACCUGGGGUGCAAGCAGCAUUCUUGAAAGAGCUUAAAGCACUUGUAACAGUGCUGGACGAGAUGGGAAAUCCGUUCUUAGAACACAGUGAAGACCUACUAGUCAUUGAUACACGGGACAUUGUAGACGCUGAAGUGGCAGAAACUGUGAGAAAGAUCGAGACCCUGGGUGAAGAGCAAUACAUCAAGUUUGUCACAGAGAGGCUAGAACAGUGUAAAACACCUAUCACGGAAACACUUCCAAAGAACAAGCUGCCAUUGUUUAGUAGGCCGCCUGUCAAAGUUCAAUCAAAACAGAAAGCACAGCUGGCAGCACUGAAGAGUGACUGUGGUCUCUUUUCGAGGUUAUACAUCUCUUGUCAAACUCGUGAUGGAGACAUCGACACAUUCUUUGCUCAUGAAAACCAGUCAGCUCCACCAGCUCUGUCAAUUGCAGGAAAGAUGCGGAGUGGUGUUAAAGCAGAUCUACUUCGCUGUCUGGAAGCAGAUUUGCCUGAACAAAAUGGCGUGCCAGUGGUUGAUGCAACAAUUCUUGAUGGUGCAGCUGUGGUCCAAAUGCUGAAUCCUGGAACAUCAAAAACUUUUCAAGAAUAUGGUGAAAGAGUGUUUACACCGUACAUCGCUGCCCAAUUCCAGAAGAGUCACCGCGUCGACCUUGUCUGGGAUGUAUACCUACCUGCAAGCCUGAAGGCCUCCACCAGGCAGAAGAGGGGGAAAGGAACCAGGAAAAGGGUCGCUGCUUCCACUGCAAUGCCUAAGAACUGGAAGGACUUCCUUCGAGUCGAUCAGAACAAGACUGAAUUGUUCACUUUCUUGUCACAAAAAGUUGUUCAUAUUCCGCUAGCAGAUGGCAAGGAACUAUAUGCAAGUGAUGGAAGUGGAGUCCUCUGUUCUCCUGCUGAGUCUAACUUAGCCCGCCUUGCCCCGUGUUCGCAAGAGGAAGCCGACACUCGUCUACUUCUGCAUGCGGCAGAUGCUGUGCAAAAGGGGUGUACAAAGAUCACUAUACGAACCGUUGAUACUGAUGUAGUGAUACUGGCUGUGGCUUCAUUCAGCAAGAUUGGCCCUGAUGAGCUAUGGAUUGCUUUUGGCGCCGGAUCAAGUUUUCGGUACAUAGCUAUUCACGAAAUAGUUUCCACAGUGUCUCCCUCAGAAUGUCUCACUCUUCCAGUCUUUCACGCAUAUACUGGCUGUGAUACUGUAUCUACAUUCGCUGGCAGAGGAAAGAAGACAGCAUGGCAAACAUUGAAGUCUUUUCCAGACGUGAUUGACGCUUUCAGUGAACUCCUAUGCAUGCCAAAUGAGAUCAGUGAAAAAGCUUUGUUACUGCUAGAGCGAUAUGUGGUGUUGAUGUACGACCGAACCAGCGAGAGUACUAACGUCAAUGAUGCCAGGAAACAGCUAUUCACACAGAAGUCUAGAACUUUAGAAAACAUCCCUCCAACACAAGCUGCACUCAAGCAACAUAUCAAGCGGACUCGCUACCAGGCUCACUGUUGGAACCAGGCAUUAGUGAAGGAUCCAGAGAUGCCAGACCCAUCUGACUGGGGAUGGACAAGGGACACAACUGGGUGGCAGCCUCUUUGGACCACUCUUCCCGAAGCAUCGAAAUCGUGCCAUGAAUUGAUCCACUGCAGCUGUAAGAAAGGGUGCACUGGACGCUGCAAAUGUGUCAAAGCUGCUCUAAAGUGCACAGCACUGUGUGUCUGCUCUGGAGACUGUUAG